GGCGGGCAUUUUGCAGUCAGCGUCUUCUUCGUGCUCUCCGGCUACGUUCUAUCGGCGAAACCGCUCGCAUUAAUCAGCGCCGGAGAGCGUCUUGCGUUGAGCGACAAUCUUGCGUCAGCUCUGUUUCGUCGCUGGCUGCGCCUGUUCCUUCCGGUUAUUGCCACGACUUUCAUCUACAUGACCUUCCUUCACGUUUUCCGAGUCAAGACCGUGCCUGAAUUGCAAGGCAGUUAUGGCGCAGAACUUUGGAAUUGGUACGCCGAAUUCAAGAACUUCAGCUUCAUUUUCCGCGGCGGUGGUGAGCCUUGGUUCACGUACAAUUUUCACUCCUGGUCUAUCCCGGUGGAAUUCCGCGGAUCGAUCAUCGUCUACUCGGCACUUCUGGCCUUUUCCCGCUGUCGCCGAUUUAUGCGGUUAGCUUGUGAAGCUGGCCUGGUUUUCUAUUUCCUGUACAUUGCCGAUGGCUGGUUCGGGGCGUUGUUUAUGUCGGGAAUGCUGCUGUGCGACUUGGAUCAGCUGGCGGCGCGGGAUCAGCUGCCGGACUUCUUCCUGAUGCUGGAACCAUAUCGCGAGGUCAUCUUCCCUGGCCUCCUCGCGAUCAGCCUCUACCUCGGCGGAGUACCAUCGCACGGCUGGGAAGUGCAGAUUCUUCGCGAGUCCCCGGGCUGGUACUAUCUGUCAUUCCUGAAGCCCCAGGCGGUUUUCGACCAGAAAUGGUUUUAUCUUUUCUGGGCCGCCACCUUUUUGGUGGCGUGUCUCCCGCGCAUGCCUUGGCUGAAACGAUUCUUCGAGACGCCCUUCAACCAAUAUCUCGGGCGCAUCUCGUUCGCCUUUUACCUCGUGCACGGCCCUGUAUUGUGGGUGUUGGGCGAUCGUCUGUACGCAGCGGUGGGAUGGGCGCGCGAUUCACAUGCAUCUAACUGCCCUGGAUGGAUUAACCGACUGCCGUUGCCGCGCGUCGGGCCUUUGGGGUUGGAAGUGAGCUUCCUGGUACCCCAGCUGAUCCUUCUGCCGGUUACGUUGUGGUUGGCAGAGAUUGUGACCAAAUGGAUCGAUGAGCCGAGCGUGCGAUUAGCGCAGUGGCUGUACCGACGGACUCUGGGAAAUGACGGUUAGUGUAGAAAUGAGUGCGUGUGCAUUGUCUGGCUUCGGGUCAUCUUUUUCUCCCCGAUUUUCCAAUUUACUUUUCUUUUUUCUUUCUCUUCUUUCUUUUUCUUCCUG